AAACAACUAGAGUGAGUGGCCAUUAGUUCAGCAAAAGCUAUGGAAGGAGAUAAAGUGGCCAAAUUACCACAUUUCCUGCUACUACCAUACCCAAUCCAAGGCCACAUAACCCCCAUCGUCAAGCUAGCUCACAAGCUCCUCCGCCAUGGAAGCAGAGUCACGUUCCUCACUACAGAGUUCGCCCACUCGCGGAUGAAGAAGGCGGAUUCGGGUCGUGACCACACGCACCACCGCAAUUUCAGGAUAUUGUCGGUCUCCGACGGACUUCCUGCAGAACAUGAACGCAAAGACGAGGUUGAAGUCGGGCAGAGUUUCUCCAGAGCAAUGCCUGCUCACUUACAUGCCUUUCUCAGCAGCUGCAGCAGCAGCAGCAGCAGUAAUAAUAAGGUCAUUAAUCAGGAGGAGAUAAUCAGUUGUGUCGUGGCUGAUUCUAUUAUGUUAUGGGCGGUGGAGAUUAGUAAGAGAUUUGGGAUCAAGACUGCUGUGCUCUUUGUUUCUUCUCCUGGGAACCUGUCCAUGGUGCUCCAAAUACCUAAGCUCAUUCAAGCUGGAAUCAUUGACCCUGAAAACGGUAGUCCGAGAAAAGCAGAGGAAAUGGAAAUAUCUCCAAACCUGCCCAAACUAAGGAGCCGGGAUUACACCCUACGGGCCGCUGACUGGGUCCUAUGCAACUGGUUCUCCCAACUCGACCCAUCGGCCCACGCUUUGCUACCAGGCCCAACCACCCUCCUCCCUGUAGGCCCAUUGCUAAUGCUCUCGGGCGAGACUCCCCAAGGAGGAAACCUCUGGGCCGAGGACUCCACCUGCCUAUCUUGGCUCGAUGCGCACCCACCCGGUUCAGUCGUCUACGUCGCAUUCGGCAGCACAACCAAGUUCAACCGAGCCCAGGCCCAGGAGCUAGCAAUGGGCCUUGAGCUCUUGGCCCGGCCAUUCCUCUGGGUUGUCCGGCCAGGCCUGAUCGAGGACGACGAUGAUGGGAGUGGGCUCGAUGAACAGCAAGAUGGGGAAGGUGGGAUCGGCUUCGGGGUUCCGCUGCUUUGCUUGCCGUAUCGCGGGGAUCACUUCUACAUAAGGACUUGUGUUUGUGAAGGGUGGAAAGUGGGGAUGGAGCUGGAUCCGGAUGAUGAGAGUGGGAUUGUGACGAGGGAUGAAGUCAAGAGAAAAGUUGAGGAUUUGUUGUGUGAUGAUGAAAUCAAGGCUAAUGCGUUGAAGUGGAAAGAGUUGGCUCAAGCUAGUGCGAUGGAAGGAGGGCUUUCGGACCAAAUAUUGGCGGAUUUUGUUCGUAAGCUGACAACCGUCUGA